UGCAUAUCAUUAAUCUUUCCGUACGUCAUUAUGUAUUGCUUCUAUCAUUGAUAAUGGGGAAAGGAUCUAGAAAUAAAAACUCAUCAGUUUACUGAAUACAUACCGCCAAGAAGCCUGCUAAAAAAACCAAAAAAAAGGGUUCCAUACAAUAAUCAUUGCAAGACAAGGAACGUUGUUCAGCGAUGCAUUGGUAUACUGAAAAGUUGGCAAAAAUCCGAAUUAAACCUAUUCGUUUUUCAAAGUUGAUGGCUACUAUUCCAAGAAAUUGGGAAAAUUCGCAAAGGUUUGCGCAGCUCUAUGCAACAUUUGCGUGCACUAUAAAGUGCAAAAUCAUGAAAUUCAGCAUGUAACUUCUGCAGCUCUACCUUCUUAUUUAUUGCCAUCGUGACGCUAACAAUUAAGUCGAGUAGGUAAUGUUGGCUUUUGCAACGACAGCAUGUACGAAGAAAUCCAACGAUUAUGUUAUAAUGUUAAAAAAUCACGAACGUGCAUUACAUGUGAACGCAGCCGGGAAAGUGACAGCAGCCGAUAUGUCAUUGGCCCAAUUCUUUACCAUGGAAAGUAUAGGCGAUAUUUUCAGCGAAACUUUCAAAAUUGCUUUAUUUGUGAAAGAAGUAGGACGUUAUUUAUGCUUCAGAAGAGGAAAAUUAGUCGGAUUGAAAACUUUAAGUCGCGAUUGUCACUUUGUAGAGUCACUCGAACACGGUUAUUUUUUAUAUGCUAAUGCAUACAAUUCUUUGUGGCGAAUAGGGUUCACUAAGGGCUUUAGGCCUGUAGGCCCUAGGCAUUUGCAACGCGCUCAAACUUUGCAAAGGGCUUGUUUCCUGUUUGUGAAAAUCGAUGCUGAAUUAUUCGAUCGCCGAAUUUUUGCAACUACAACAUCGAAGUCUACUAAUACAACACCGAUAUCCAAAACAACUUCAAUUUUUGUAAAUCGAAGAUUUUAUGAAAAUAGUAUUAGUGGCAGCAACCUUAGGAAUAUAAAUGAUAAAAAAGGUACUGCUAAUAACAAUAAAAUACCGGACCCUGAACUAAACUACCAUCCUGCAGAAAAACUUCCAGUGUAUGGUAAGAAACAAAUCAAAAAUCAAAACUAUGUGGCAAAACGCAGAAAACAGAACACAAAACUUGCAAUACCGCCAACCACCCCAUUUGGUGGAAUUAUAAAGCCAAAAAACUUAGUGAAACAUCAUCAUAGUAACAAAACAUUUGUAAAAGGAAAAGAUACGCAAACUUACUCAGGAAGAAGUCCAAAACUGCAAUUACAAAUCCACAGGCUAGAUAAUACAGCAAACAUUACGAAACCUUCUUUGAUGACAAAUGCCACAAAUUCCGCCUCGUCAGCCACUCUAACGUCGACUUUGACAACUACAGCUUCUCUUGCUCCUUCGGCUCUGAACAUUUUUGCCAUGUUAGCAGCUAGUAGACGAAAAAAAGGAAGAAGAAAAAAGGAAGUGGAAACACCAGAGGGGAGUUCUACCGACGGCACUAACAUACAAUUAUGUGCUCAGUCACCUUUAAAAGUUCAGAUAGGUUGUUACGAUGAAAUUUCCACAAUAGAAUACAAAACCCGAAAAUUCUACCAUAAACAUCAACUGAGACAUCAUCACAAUUAUCUGUACCUUCAACAAUAUUUUCUGAAUGAGAGAGGUAAAACUAUAAUUAACGGCGUAUGGUGUACAAAAAAUAGUCAUGGAGAAAACCAUGAAUACUCACAUAGAUAUUACUAUAUUCCCGAUAAGUUAAAUUACAAUUUUUUGCAUAACAUAAUAUCUUCCUUACCAAAAAAGCAUAAAGCGCGCCUUAGCAAAUUCAAUGAUGGUAAAAGUGCUAAGGAAACCAUGACUGAAUAUAAUUUUAGUAAUAAACGAAAGCUCGGCCACAGUAGCAAUAAGAAAAUUGAUAACAUCGUUAGAAAAAAAAUUAGUAAAAGUAGUAAUAUUCACGUGCAUAUACUGGUUACCACAACGAAAAACGUUUCGCCAACCGUGAACAGUAAAUUGCUGCAAACAAUCGGUAUAAAUAGUGAGAAUAAUGAAAUUAACAAAGCCGACUUCUCAAUGCAACAAAAUGACAAUAAUUUUUUACAAAAACGUAAUUAUCAUCCUUACGAUCAAUUGCAAAAAUACUACACUAUUUAUCUGAAUCGGCCGACUCAUAACUGUGAACAUGCUAAUAAAUGCCUAAAUAAUAUUGCGGCAUAUAGUCCAAAGUGCCAUCACGUUAAUAAAAAUAACUUCAGAAACAACGUCGAUGAACUAUUUAGCGGAGGAAAACGCGACAUUGUAAAUUUUGAUGACAGUAGUGUUAACAAUAAAAAGUUUACAAUUCAUGAUGCGAGUUACGUUGAUAAGAGCGGCAAUGACAAUGGCAGCAAUCGUUAUAGUGGCGUUUCGAGAGCCCUUUCGAAGUCCGUCUAUGUCUCACCUUUUUCUCGCAUUUUAAAUAAACAAACGUUUGCUUAUGAACAUUAUGCUGAUUACAAUGAAAAUAAUAACAUUUACGAUCAAUUUAAGUGGUUGCAAAAUAAACGUGAAAUGAAUAUAGUACAAUACAGAUAUGUAGUUUAUUUCCUUUGACUUUGUGUGGCGAACAUAGAACCGAGGGUUAAGUAUGCUCGUCUAUAACUUUAAAAUUGUAAAGUUUCUAAAAAAAUUCGUGAUGAAACUUAUUCCAUUUAAAAAACUUAGGUAAGUGAAAAACGUUCGGAACUUUGUCCCGCUUUGCGCCGCUGUUGUUUUGGCAAUUCCACAUAAUCGAUUUGCGUAAAUUAGUCUACGGCUAUUAAAGGGUUUACAUUUUACUUCUUAUUCCCUAUUUUAACCUAUCAUAAAGACGGCUCAGACGCAAAGUUGCAGCUAAACUAACAUUAUUCUCCCUUCUACUUUAUCAAAACGGCUCUUCUAUGUCCAUUCAGUCCAAACUCCGAAAAGCUAUGGAGCUAAGGCGGUUGAGUAUCCACUAUAUCUAAUCAGCUUGUUCCUAUGUAUGGUCGGGGAUUGAGCGACACUGUAGUAUUUUUCUUCCGAAUCUUUUAUCUAACUAGUGCAUCGCGCACAUGCUUUGGCGACCGUCAUAAGGCAAAUAUUUUACACCCCAUUCAUCAUUCUUGCGAACAAGUGACAUCAGUGUGAUCGCGUUAUACUCAAACCAAUGUUAUUUAUUUACAUACCAUUGAGUGUUUGUAGAACAAGUGGGAUUUGCGUUUGGAAGUCCAAGUCUUUAGUACAACAUAUAACAAUAACAAGGUAUUUUUAUACAUGUAUGUUUAAAUGUAAAAAAUCGAAAAUAGGAACGAUUCCAACCUCCGUGUCGACACUUAGCGUAGUGUGACGUUAGUGCGCGACUAUAAAAUAUUGAAUUCAAUUUAUCGGUUGUCAUGUCUGUUUGUGUAGUGAAUCCAUCAUUUCAAAUUUGCAAAAGAACUCCACUACAGAAUCAGCAAAAAAUCUGAGAUGCGUUCCUCGCCUUUCACUAACCCACAAAAAUUAUAAGAUGCUUCGAUUGUAGUAGUCAAAUGCAAGAUUUUAGUGCAUACGGCUAGAAACAAUUGUUAAGCCCAGUUGCAAUCCCAGCCCAGUUUAAAUCCACCAAAAAGUCAAUUUAAGUGUUGGAACAUUGAAGAAAAUUUAGUGAGUACAUUCUGUCCAACCACUGCACACACACGCAAUUGAUGAGCAGAGGCCAACUCAUUUCCUUUAUUUUACGAAAACUGGAUGAUUUUUUGAAAUUAGCAGCAUCCAAAAAUGUAUCUAUUAGAUGCUGCCAUUGUUCUAUCAGAAACACUCUCCAAUAAAAGGCACCACUAUACACCGAAAUAAUUCCGAACUGUCAUAAAUUCGCAAGCUAAUUAAAAGUAAAUCAUUGGUGGACAGCAACACAUUUAUCAACAAUCUCACAUAUCAUUCGAGAUUCGUAAAGACGGACGUUCCUCACGGAAAUGCUUUUAAAAUAUGCAGACAUUUGUAAAGUAUCAAGUAAUUUAAAAAGCAUCAAAAUAAAAGUCCACCAAUGUACGCUAAAUGUCGUUUGGAUAGUAGAAAACGAAGGGCAAACUAUAAGAAUAACUUCACACAUCUGUGAAUUUUUCAUUUAAGUAUUAACAAUGACU